UUUACUCCCUGGUGUAGACGUUAAGGAUCCGAGCUCUUAUUGUGAAGUUCAACUCGCUCAGCACACAUUUCCGGUUUAUGUAACAAGACGCGAAAACAAACCCACAGACGCUCGAAACCCAAUUACACAAGUGCACCUUCACAGUUUGUGUGUCCUUGAGUCAUGCUGAGGGCUGUGGGACAAGCGCUGUUCUCCACCGGGCUGCAGAAUCCCAAAUACACCGCAGGGGACAAAAAGGAACAGGACUAUGAGGUUCGCACCUACCACGACACCAAGUGGGUGAGCACCGCUGUGAGUGGAAUGCAGUGGGACGAGUCCAUGAAGACUGGCUUCCGCAGGCUCUUCAAGUACAUCCAAGGCACCAACCACAACAAUGUGAAAGUGGAGAUGACGGCCCCCGUGACGUGCCGCGUGGCCCCCGGAGCCGGCCCCGCGUGUGAGUCUCAGUUCACUGUGUCUUUCUACAUCCCAGAGGAGCAUCAGGACAAUCCGCCGGAGCCGAGCGACCCGGAGGUGUUUGUGGAGCACCGGAAGGAGUUCACGGCCUACGUCAGGACAUACAGUGGUUUUUCCACUGAGGAUAUGAAGCGUGAAGAGCUCCUGAAGCUGAUGGAGAGUCUGCAGAGAGACGGACUCCAAUACGUCGACCAGCCGUUCUACACAGCCGGGUACGACAGCCCCUUCAAACUCACCAACCGCAGGAACGAGGUGUGGGUCCUCAAGAAGGAGCAGGAGUAGGAAGGUCAAAGGUCACCCACUCGAUCUGACACUUUGUCCCAAUCGAGAGGAAAUACAAGUGUAAGUUUAAUUGAGAACACUAACGCAGCCGUUACCAAUGCAUAAAGGGAGUCAAAAUCAUUCACGAAGAAAAGAAAACCUUUAAGCUUUAAGGUCAUAAAUUAUUUUGUUUUACAAAAGGUUACUGAUAUUACACUUUCCUAAAAAAGGCUGCACAAAGAGACCAAAUAUAUGAUUACAAAAGCAUAUCAUAAACAGAUGAAAUAUGAAUACAUAGUGUAUAAUGGAUAUGGGGAGACAAUAUUACCAGCAGGGGGCGCCGACAGCUUUCUGUCAUCAGGUGUAUCUUAACAAAAACUACUAGUGCCUGUUUUUAAACUAAUUAGUGGUUGAAAAUACACUAAUUUGUUUGAUAUUACAAACGUGAAACAGCAGGUUCCGUCUCCUUCCAGACGGUUUCCCCGCUGUGAGGGUGACUCCGCCCGCUCGCCUUCAAAACGAUGGUGAAUGUCAUUUAUUGUCAUUGCAACAACAAAAAACAUUCCUCUGACAAACAUACUUGGGACUUAUGUUGAAUAUGCUUUGAAUAUGUGUGGUGCUUGGUGAAAGACAUUUUACUUUUUCUUUUUUUUGAGUUUACAUCUUUUUAUACAUUAAAUCAUCAUUGUAUUCAAAUAAAAUUUACAAUAUAUUAUGUUUUCAUCCUGAAGAAGGGAGACUACUGAUACUUAAUGAGGGGAUGAUGACAUAACCACUGCACUCACGUAUGAAUCAUGGGAGAUAUGACUUACUGCUAAAUGUUUAAGAACGAAAAAUGUAUGAUGCCAUUAAUAAUAAACACAGCUCUGCA